GGCUGGGCUGGUCACAUGGGGAGAGCAGCCUGUUUAAAACAGCCUCGGCUUGCUCACUCAGAGCAGUGCGCGACGCAGAGAUAGACGCACACGUUCUCUCUCUCCCUCUCUCUUUCAUGCACACACACACACACAUGCUCAUGCACGCAGACGGCAACUGUCCUCCAUCGGACUGACACAACACACACGCCGGGAUAGACACACUCCCCUUGCUACAGUGGAGAAGAAGAUAAGAAGUGACAUAUCAGGAAAAAAAAGAAAUACACAAAAAGAGGAGGUUCACAGGUGAAGAGGAGGAUCUUAGUGACGUUUCGUCCUGUCCAAGAUGGCAAACCUUGUGACAUCGUUGUGCUGUGUAGUUCUGGCUGCGGUGGUGGUAGCCUACGCUCAGAGACGCAGCCAGCUUGUUGCUAGGAACCAGUAUGAGCGAAUGGGCAGUGAUGUUACCAUGCAGUGCGGCUCCCUGGACAAUGAUGCAUCAGUGUCAUGGAAGGUGAAUGGGACGGAUGUAAAAGCCCAACACCGUCUAGAAGGUCCCAGACUGAUCCUGACCCAAGUGAACCUGGGCCACAACGGACUCUACAGCUGCUUUCAGAACCCACAUGGAGAGAGGCGUGACACCAUCAUCCUCCACAUCGGCAUUCCCCCUCGGGAGCCCACAGUCACUUGUCGAUCCAACACCUACCCUAAAGGCUUCUACUGCAGCUGGCACCAGCUGUACUCGACAUACAUCCCCACUACCUUUGAAGUGGACGUACAACAUAACCAGCGUUCUCUGGAGGUGCAGAAAGACUCUGUCCACAAGAACCGCUGUCAUGUACGGUUUCCUGAGGUCUUCUCCAGCUUCCCUUACAAAGUUAACGUGACGGCAGUCAACGCCUUGGGAAAAGCUUCUACCACCAUCACUUUUGAGGAGUCCACUAUAGUCAAACCAGACCCCCCGGAGCGCGUGACGGCGACCCCGAUCCGUUUCAACCCUCGGAGGCUAGAGGUAUCCUGGCACAGCCCUGCCACCUGGCCUGACAUCGACAACUUCCCUCUGAAAUACUUCCUUCGGUACCGACCACUCAUCCGAGACCAGUGGCAGCAUGUGGAGCUAUCUGACAGCACCUCCCACACCAUCACCGAUGCCUAUGCUGGGAAGGAAUACAUCAUCCAGGUGGCUGCCAAGGACACAGAGAUUGGAACAUGGAGUGACUGGAGUGUUGCUGUCCAUGCCACACCCUGGAUUGAGGAUCCUCUGCCGAUCGCCUCCACAACCGAAGAUUCUUCUACUCUUCUAACCGAGACUAAGACCUCCCCCAUACCGUCCUCCAACGCACCACAAAAGGCUGAACCUCCAGUGGGCAGAGCUGCCAAGCUCCUCACAUUUUUCUCUCCUUUGCUGUUAGGAAUGCUGCUGCUGUUGAUGUGAUUUAAACGUCUUAUUCCUGAAGGGAGGCGAAAAGUAAGAGGAGGAGGAGGAGGCUGAUCUUUUUUCUAUUUUGCACAUGUUUCAAGGAUACAGUGCAUUGAUCAUUUCCGUCCAUCACACAGUUACUCACCAAGGUUACUUAGACAUGAAAUCAGACGAUGAUAAUGCGAUUCAGCAUUUUUGAUUGAAUGGUGACAAAGAAAAUCUUCAGAGGAACUUCUGAAAGUGGCAUCAUCAUCAUCAUCAUUCACACCAACAACAACAGCAGCAGCAGCAGCAGCAACAGGAGCAGCAACAACCACAACAACAACAGCAGUGAUAUCAGCAGCAGCAGUCUUAUAUUACCCCCUGGUGGCUUUGAUGGGCCACAGCAGACUGAUUUGUUUUGGAAGACGACGGUUUGGUUUGGGAAUCUCCUCUUCAGAGCAAGAAAAUCAACUCCUAAGAUGAGAAAAGAAAUCUCCUCAUCACCUUUUUUUGUUCUUUUUUAUCGAUCAAUUAAUAGUCUUAAUUUUAACUUUCUUCUAAAAUCGCAGCGCUGCACAGACAAACACACCCACAUAUAAAGCAUGUGUGUUUGUGUGUAUAGUUACCAUAGCAGUCCCCAUACAGCUAAAUCAUCAUGCCAAAGACUCAACUUCACCCCCAACAAAAUGGUUCCCAAACAAUUCAUUGAGCUUCCUGAAGCCUGUGCUUGCCUUCGUCAUUGGGUUGAAAACCCCAGAGUGUUUUAUGUGUGAGAGUUUGUGUGUGUGUGCGCGCGUAACACCUUAUCAAUACCGACUUAAACAGUAUAGGAAUCAAACUUGGAUUGAAUCUGAGGAACCCUGCAGCUCCUGUUUGUGUAAGCCCACCAUUUAACAAAGAAGCCACAAAAAUGCCCAAUCAGACUCUGAAUCUGUUCGCCUCCAACGACUGAAUCAAACUGACGGAGCGAGUCGUUUUUCGAUACGAGGACUAACACUUUGAAGAAUUCAGUAAUGGUAGUCUGGCUUAUUUAGACAAUUAGCUUUACAUUCUGCUUUCAGUGACUGGCAAGGAGGACCUGGAUUGUAAAAAAAAAGAAAAAAAAAUGAAGUGGAUUUGAAACUGAACAACUCUUUGCCCACACAUUUUUUUUUUUUUUUUUUUUUUGGUUUUGGUUCAACUUUGUAUGGCGACACAGCAACAAAGUUGGUUAUUGAAACAUUAAAAUGAGCUACUUUGGUUUUCCAUUCUGCUCUGUGCUGUAAAAUACAAUAACACAAAACUGUUUGCUUUCCAAAUUCUGACGCCUUUACAAACAUAAAAAAUGUCUUUUUGCAGUUUACAUUUCAGUAGCCAAUAUCACCAGUUACUAUUAUGUUAUUCAAAGGAAUAUUGAUGUGUUUUAAUUGUAUUUUUUGAUUUUAUGGACAAAUAAUAAAAACACACAUAUAGGACUUUAGUUUUUUUUGGGUUUUUUUCAGACAUUCAUAAUGGCUUAAUUCUCCUUGAUCCUAUUUUGUAAACUAUGAUAUGUAACUUUAACAUUGAACAAAAAGUUUAUUAUUUAAUAAUAAUAAUAAUGUAUGUAUUAGCAGUAGAAUGUCGUAACCUGUACCUGGGGUCUUUUUUAUAGAUGUAUAUACAAUGACAGGUUUCAACCAUUAAAUGUGACCAUUUCACAAUGAA